GGGUUCAUUACACUGGCAGAAGGGGGGCAGGGGAGCCGAGUCCAUGGGCCAGAAGGUACCUCUCGGAAGCAGACAAGACGGCGUGAUCCUGGCCACCACUCGCUCUUCUCUUUGCGCUCGUUCCCUCCUCUUUCAAUCGGCCCUUUUCACGUCUUUUGUUCCCGGCUCGAGUUUUAGGAGAGAAGGUCGGAGAGCAAUGGGCUACUUUUGCUCGAGUUUGGUAUCUCUUAGAUGGGAAAAUGCAGCCCCCUGGCAAACUUGCUGCUAUGGCAUCAAUUAAACUUCAAGGAUUGCAUAAGCCUGUAUAUCAUCAACUGAGUGACUGCGGUGAUCAUGUUGUCAUAAUGAACACGAGGCACAUUGCAUUUUCUGGAAACAAAUGGGAACAAAAAGUAUAUUCUUCACAUACUGGUUACCCAGGUGGCUUCAGACAAGUAACAGCUGCUCAACUUCACCUGAGGGAUCCAGUGGCAAUUGUCAAACUAGCUAUCUAUGGCAUGCUCCCCAAAAACCUCCACAGGAGGACCAUGAUGCAGAGGUUGCAUCUUUUCCCAGAUGAGGAUAUACCAGAAGAUAUUCUUAAGAAUUUAGUAGAAGAGCUUCCACAACCACGAAAAGUACCCAAACGUCUAGAUGAAUACACACAAGAAGAAAUAGAGGCUUUCCCAAGAGUGUGGUCUCCACCUGAAGACUACCGGCUGUAAAGGAGUGAAAAUGCGGAAAGUCACAAUGAGGUGAUUCAUGAGUUUCUCCUGACCUGCAGGGCCGAGGGAACCCCUCGCAUGGGGCAGGAAGCUUGUUCUGGGCGCUGACAGUUUGUGGAGACAGAUCAGGAAGGGAUCUUCCUUCAACAGGAAGUUGCAAUAAAAUACAGUAUUUUAUAAAAUUGCUUUAUCAUGUAAUCGGAUUUGAAUGUCAUCAGUGGCAAUAAGAAUAAAGUUCCUUACUUGGCUAACUA